AUGGAAUUUGAAGAUGAUUUAACAGCACCUGUAUGGGAUGAGCUGGGCACAGGUAAGCCUAAUAUAGUAGAGCAGAAGAAACAGCGUUAUAAUGGUGAUAGGAAGGUUGAUUUAGAGUUUGGGAGUUUUGGCAUGGGUUCUACUUCUUUGGGGCUCAAGACUGAAGGGUUAGAUCAUGUAGUCGAUAUUGAUUCUGGUACCGUUGUCAAUAGUAAUGAUCAUGGUAACGAUGAGCUGUAUUUGUGGGGCGAUCAUCCGGAUACUAGUGAUCUGAAAGGUACACUUGAAGGUGAGGAGGAUAAAAAAUUGAUAGAUCAAUUGGCCCCUCCCAGUUUGAGCAGCUUGGAUAUUAGUGGAGUUGAUGUAGAGAUCACUUCUGUUGACGAGAAUAAGCCUUUGUUCGGUGAUGUUGGCAAAGGUGAUGACAUAUUUCCCUUGAAGUUAGAUACUGAAUCGAAUAAUAUUUUGAAAGAUAGAAAAGUAUCGUCUUCUUCGUUAUCAAAAAGUUCUAAAAGAAAUGUAUUGUUCACCUAUAGUCGAUCUUCACAUCAGAGGAACAAGAAUUCUGAUGACAACAGCAUUUCGAAGGAUGAUAUCUCUGAAGUAGACGAUCCUCUAUCUCCAAAGAAAAAAAUUGAUAAACUGAUAUUAUUAGAUAGUUUGCCAAACAAGAAUAAUAAUGACAUUAGCCAUAGUAAUACUGAUGAGUUGGAACUUUCGAUAAAUGAAGAUCAAGAAAGCAGUUUGAGUGAACAUGUUAAGAACAAAAGAGAAAUGGUUUCUGGUAGUGAAGAAGAAGAAAUUGUCGAAGCACCAGUAGAUUUUAUCAUAAAUGUUACUGAUCCAAUAAAAGUGGGCGAUAUGACUUCUGCUCAUGUCGAGUAUCUAAUAACUUCAAAAUCACCUUUACUAGAGCCAAACUCUUCAAGCGUGUAUAGAAGAUAUUCCGAUGUGAGGUGGCUAUAUCGUCAGCUACAAAGCAACCAUUGGGGAAGAGUAGUACCUCCACCUCCUGAAAAACAGAUAAUUGGCAGGUUCCAAGUAAAUUUUAUUGAAUACAGGAGAUCUCAGUUCGAACUGAUGUUACGUGAUAUUGCAAAUGACCCUGUGCUACAAAAGGACGACGCUUUCAUCUCAUUUUUGACUAGUGUUGAUUUCUUUAAUGAAAGAAGAAUAUUAGAACGUCUCUCUGGAUCCUACGCUUCAAAUGACAGCAGCGAUUUGUCAGAGGUAGCCAUCAGUGAAAUAAAAUUACUAGGAAAAGAAGACGCAGAAUUGGUAAUACGGGAAGGAGGUAUCGACUCAGAGUACUCUUCCUCAUUUAUGAAUAUAACAUUCAUAUCACCUAUGAAGUAUAGAGAAACAGAUGAAACGUUGAAAAAAGAGAAACAGAAAAUAGAUAUUUUAGAAUUGCAUUUGAAACAAUUAUACAGAUCACUCGACUUGAUCGACUUAGGAGAUAGAGAAAUAUUAAAAUCAAUCGAAGAGUUUUCAGAUUCAUUACAACUACUAUCUCCUUCGGAGCUUCUUGAAAAGUCAAAUAUACUUCUUUCCAAGUUUUCCAGGGCUCAUAUAGAACUUAAUGAGAUAUUAAAGAAUUAUAAUUUUGGAGAUUUACCUAAACUAUGCAUGAUCCAAGACUACUACGUGAGGUCCAUAUUAAGCUUAAAAGCAAUAUUUAACCAAAGGGACAAACUUGGCUAUUAUCUAAUAAUAGUCGAAGAUGACUACUUGAAAUUAAGAACCAGAGUACAUAAAGCUGAAGGCUCACCUCUAGCCACUACAAAUGCUAAAAAAGUAGAUAUGAUGAAAGAUGAAUGCCUAUUACUGGAGAAUAGAUAUAAGAGAAUAAAAUACAAAUGGAAUGAAAUAGGUAAGGAAAUCAAAAAGGAACUAAUAAGAUUUAAUUUUGAUAAGUUCAUCAGUAUUAAGGCUAAGAUCCUAAACUUUGUGGAGUUGUCAAUUUUGAUCCAACAUAAAAAAUUAGAAAUUUGGGAACAAUUUUAUAAGGAAAGCUUGUAA